UCUCCGCGUGUGAGCGCGUGCGUGCGUGUUUGUUUGUGUGUGUGUGUGUGUGUAGUGAAAGCACGCACAAGUUGUCGAGAACGGUAGAGAUUCGUGUUCGAUCCGCCCGUCAGGUGCUGCCACCAUCACAACGGACCAUCCGAGGGGAGCCGGCUUCGAUCCCGUGUUCAGCAUGUUGACCGACAUGAGCCCAUCGGCCGGGGCACAGUUCUACAGCACCCAGAUACCGGCCAUGGGCAUGAACAUCACCAACAUUACGACCCACAUGCAGAAACCAACGGAACAUCCGGGAUUGCGAGGAACACCGCUGGCGAUGCUGGCGGCACAGUGCAACAAACUGUCCAGCAAGUCACCACCACCGUUAGCGGACGCAGCCGUCGGCAAAGGGUUCCACCCGUGGAAGAAAAGUCCUAUCUCGUCCGGACCGCACUCACCCUCGAACACACAGUCGGUCGGGCUUGGUGGCGGGAACGGUGGUAACGGUUCCGGUUCAGGUGUUAGUAGUGGUGGAGGAGGUGGUGGUGGUGGCGGUGGAGGAGGCGGUGGAGGACUGGGAGGAAAUUCGGUGUUGCAGUCAUCGCUGGGGCGGCUUUCGUCAUCCGGCAGCUCGUCCACCAUUAGCCCAAUGGCGAAUCUUACGUCCAGUGAUCUUUACUUUUCCGGUGCGUCCGGUUCGCCCGGUGGGUGUGGGGCGGAUAAUGCCCACCACACCCUCCAGCACGCACUCGGCGCGGCCGCGGCAGGCAAGGUCGGUGGGGACGGUGGCGGACCAGGGCAGGCAAGCUCGACGGCGGCUGCGGCCGCCGCUGCCGCUGCCCAGCUCGGGUCCGUUUACGGUCGCCACCCGUACGAUUGGCACCCGUUCAAUGCGGUCGGCAAGCCGGACGCGAACGGGCUGGGCGGUAACGGGGGCCACGGGACGCCGACCGGCUGGUGGGACAUGCACGGGGCGGCCGGCAGUUGGCUCGAUAUCGGCACGAGUGCCGCCGCCGGUAUGCAUGCGGCAACGAUGGCAAACUAUGCCGCGUCGGCGGCGGCCGCCUCGGUGAGCGGCUCCGAGCAUUACGCCUCCACCCUGACGCACGCGUCGCUCACCAACACCGCACACCUGCUCGGCUCCGGCCAGCAUCUGCUGCAGGAUAGUUGCUACAAGAGCAUGCUCCAGCCGGGCGGCGUCGGCGUGAGCGUCGGUCAGUCGGCCGCCGGCGUCGGCGGGUUCGGGCUAGGUCCGCACGGGGGAGGUUCGCCGGCACCGCCACCGAGCGCCCCGCAGGCACCGUCGCCGCGCAGCCAGCGGCGCUACUCCGGCCGGGCGACCUGUGACUGCCCCAACUGUCAGGAGGCGGAGCGGCUCGGGCCCGCCGGCGUGCACCUGCGCAAGAAGAACAUCCACAGCUGCCACAUACCGGGCUGUGGCAAGGUGUACGGGAAGACGAGCCACCUGAAGGCGCACCUCCGGUGGCAUACCGGCGAGCGGCCGUUCGUCUGCAACUGGCUGUUCUGCGGCAAGCGCUUCACGCGCUCCGACGAGCUUCAGCGGCAUCUGCGCACGCACACAGCCAAACACGUCAAAACCCACAACGGCGGUGCCAGCGGUGGCGGCGGUAGCGGCGGCGGCGGCGGUGGUGGUGGUGGCGCCAGCGGUGGUGGUGGCGGCAGUGGUGGUAGUGGUGGAGGUGGAAGUGCAGGAACAGGAUCCGGAGCUGGAAGUGGCGGUGGUGGUGGCAGCGGCGGCGGCGGCGGCAACAGCGCGUCCGGCCCGAAUGCCGCUAGCGGCAAUGGCGGCGGUAAUGGUGGAAGUGGUUCCUCCAGCAGCCGAGGUGACACUUCAUCCGGCACGAACGGUGGAGGGGGUGGUAACGAAGGCACCAAGAAAGGCAGUACCUCACAAGCGCCACAACCGAUGGACGCACACUGCAGCGAUUCGGAGGAGGGCGGCGUGACAGGUGCGUCGGUGACCGAUCAUCUGCACGGUGGUCCACUGGGGGCACUGUCAGCGCCUCACGGUGUGAUGGGUGGCGGGCCACCCGGCAUGCUAGGUGGCGGCUCCUGCCAUUCGAUGGGCUCUCCAGGACUGUCCCACUCGCAGCAGCAGCAGCAGCAGCAACACCAUCAACAACAACCAGGCUCCGGCACACAUCACCAUCACCCGCAUUCGCAUCAUCCGCAUCACUCACAUCAUCAUCAUCAGCAGCAGCAGCAGCAGCAACAGCAACAGCAACAUCAUCACCAUCAUCAUCAACAACAGCAGCAUCACGCGCACACGCCCAGUCCGGGCCUGGAGCACGUCAGCCAGCAGCAGAUGGACGUGAAGCCGGGCAUUGUCUGAGGCACGGUGCAGUCCGACCUGUUCGCACUGUUCGGACAGCGUAGCGACAUUGUCAGAGCGGCAGCAGAUUGGAUCUGAACCGUU